AUGAUGACUGUUCAGGUGCAGCAGCCAAAAGAGAAGGUGAUCUGGUACAAGAGAAAGGAUGUGAUGGCAGCAGAAGUCACUGUGAUCAAGCUGGUGCAGUGCAGUCUCCCGGCUUUGGCGUUGUCUCUCAGGCUGUCUCCUAAGUUCUUGUGCACAGCUACAAAACAAAAGAACAAUGGCCAGAACUUGGAAGAGGGCUCGUGUCAAAAUAAACAGAAUGCAGAUUCUCCCUCUACAGAGAAGAUCCUCCUGGAAGAGAAGGUCAAGUUAGAAAAGCAGCUGAAAGUGACGAUGGAAAAAUAUCAGCGAGCUUUGGCAGAUACUGAGAACUUGCGGCAGAGGAGCCAACAAUUGGUGGAGGAGGCAAAAUUAUCUGUCAUUCAGGGCUUCUGCAAGGACUUGUUGGAGGUUGCAGACAUUUUGGAGAAGGCAACACAGUGUGUUUCGAAAGAAGAGAUUGAAGAUUAUAAUCCUCACCUGAAGAACCUCUAUGAGGGGCUCGUAAUGACUCAAGUCCACAUUCAGAAGGUGUUCACAAAGCUUAGCUUACUCGAGGUGAACCCUGUUGGAGCCAAGUUUGACCCUUAUGAACACGAGGCCUUAUUCCACAUGCCAGAUGAGAGGAAGGAGCGAGGCACAGUGGCAGUAGCUAGCAAGAUGGGGUACAAGCUGCAGGAGUGCACCCUGAGACCUGCCCUGGUAUGGGUGGUGAAGGAAGCUUAG